AUGGAGAGCUCCAGGAACCAGCACAGUCUCGGCGUCAACAAAGCCAUCAAGAAGGAGGGCCCCCGCCAGCCGCGCGUCUACAACAUCCGCAGCAGCGACUUCCGCUCGGUAGUCCAGCAGCUCACCGGCGCUUCCGCCUCCCUCCCGCGGCCGCGCCGCCUCAACCAGGCCCGCCCCCAGCCCCUGGCCCCCCUCCCCCGCCCCUCCGUCCCCACCACCCCGGCCGACCCCGCUGUGCCGCCGCCCGCCGAGACCCCCUUCUCCGCCUACAUGCGCUUCCUGGAGAUCUCCCUCCUCCACUCCGACGGCUCCCACCGCCCCGCCCACUCGCCGCUCCGGCCUUCCCCUCCUCCACCCUUGCCGCUCGACCUCGAGUCGCCGAGCGCGUUCCUGGACCUGCUGUCGCCCAGGUGCCCGCAGCUGUCGCCUUGA